GUGGUUUAGCAGCGUGAAGAGGUGACUGUACCCAAUGUGUGGGCAGAACUAAUUAUCGGUUGUGUGGGCCCCAAGUCCAUGGUUAGGGUGUGUGAGAGUGUUGGCUGUCUAGAGUGCAGUGGUAGGCCUACUGGUAUCUUGUCUCUCUGCUGACUACAAAGAAGUUUUCCUGUAAUAUCUUGAGCAAGCACACCAUCACCCAGGCACUGAGAUAGUAAGAUCUACAAGAUGAGUUUCUUUUCCAAAAAACUCCGAAAAGGAGGCAAGAAAGCUGACACCGAGACGGACGCGUCCCAAGUGAAUCCGGUAUUGCAACACAUGCACAAUGGAACCAAAUUCACCAAAGUCCGAGAGAAUGGUUCCAAAACCUACAGCCGUAACUUUGUCUUGAGCGAUGACUGCCUAGUGCUAGAAUACCACCCCUCGAAGAAAACGUCGUCUCGAUCCAAGAUUCCCGUGCAGGACAUCCAUGAGGUCAGGACGGGCCAUGAGACCGACACCUUCAAGAACAACAAGAUCAAGUCCAAGUACGCCUCGGAGCUGUGCUUUGCCCUUAUCGUCGGAGCCGAGAAUCAUACCAUCAACCUGGUGGCUCCCACAAAGGAGGAAGCUCGUAUGUGGGUCCAGGGGCUACGAUGGUCCCAGAAGAAGUCUCAGAACAUCAAUGUCAAAGACAAACAAGCUGUUUGGAUCAGGGAGGCCUUUGAGAAGGCUGACAGGAACCAGGAUGGCUCAGUAGACUUUGAGGAAUGCCUGAAACUCCUCAAGAAGAUGAAUGUCAAGAUGGACAAGAACCACGCCAAGAAACUCUUUGAGAAAGCCGAUGUGCGGACGCAUGAAGAUGCCAAGGGCAAGACGGUCUCCAACGCUCUGGAUGCCGAAGAGUUCAUCAAUUUCUACCGGAUGGUCACCCGCAGACCGGAACUAGUCAAAGUCUUUCAAGAGUACUCAGGGGAGGAUGACUACUGGACCUUGGAAGAGUUUGUGGAGUUCAUGCAUGAAGAAAUGAAGCGAUUUCAAAUCAAAGCCCCAUGGUGCAAGGAAAUCAUCGAGAAGUAUGAGCCGUCGGACGAUUGCCGCAAGCGUAACAUUCUCAGCUUUGAUGGGUUCCAGUUGUUCAUGAAGGGUGCCAAUGGUUUGCUCUUCAACCCGUUUCACAGCACCGUCUACCAGGACAUGAAACAGCCGUUCUGUCAUUACUUCAUCAACUCCUCGCACAACACCUAUUUGAUGAAGGAUCAGCUACGAGGGCCUAGCAGCACUGAGGCAUAUGUGCGAGCUUUGCAGAGAGGCUGUAGAUGUGUGGAGUUGGAUUGUUGGGAUGGUUCCGACAAGGAGCCUGUUGUCUACCACGGUCACACACUCACCUCCAAGAUCAAGUUCAAGGAUGCAAUGGAGGCCAUUGGAAAAUACGCCUUCGCAACGUCAGAGUACCCAUUGAUAUUAUCCUUGGAGAAUCACUGUAGCAUCGAGCAGCAGAAGGUCAUGGCACACCACAUCAAGGCAACGUUUGGCGAUAAGAUUUACAUGAAGGAUAUCACAUCGGAGCAGACAGUUCUGCCUUCUCCUGAGGACCUGAAGGGGAAAGUACUCGUCAAGAACAAGAAGCUACCGGCACCGGCUGCGGCUGAGACUACUCAAGAAGAUGACGGCGAUGUGAGUGAUGAGGAUGAAGCGGCCGAGUUGGAAUCCAACGAUCCGGAAUUCCAAGAAGAACUGGCUAAAAAGGACAAGAAGAGCUCUAAGAAGGAAGGGCAGUCUAAGUUGAAACUUGCCAGGGAAAUCUCCAACCUGGUCAACGUCUGCAAGAGUGUCCACUUCAAGAGUUUUCAACAUUCCAAGGAAAACCACAAAUGCAAUGAGAUGGUCUCCCUUGGUGAGAGUAAAGCCUUUGAUUUGGCUAAGAACAGCGGUCAGGAGAUGGUAGAGCAUAACACUCGCUUCCUGACCAGGAUCUACCCUGGUGGCCGACGGACAAACUCCUCCAACUACAACCCCAUGAAGAUGUGGACGAUUGGUUCACAGAUUGUUGCUCUGAACUUCCAGACACCAUGUGACGAGAUGGAUCUGAACCUUGGCAAGUUCCAGCAGAACGGCAACAGUGGCUACAUUCUCAAGCCAGUCUUUCUUCGCAAAGCCAACAUGCAGUUCAACCCUGACAGCCCUGGAGACCAGUACACCCAGAAACUCACUCUCAGGGUCAUCAGCGGUCAGCAACUGCCCAAGCCAUCCGGAUCCAAGGAAAUCAUUGACCCCUAUGUCAAGGUCUUCGUCCUGGAUGUCAAUGCCGAGUACGACGAAAAGACAGAAGUAGUGGAAAACAAUGGGUUCAACCCAGAGUGGAACCACAUCAUGGAGUUUGAGAUCAAAUCCCCAGAGCUUGCCAUGCUGCGAUUUGUCGUCUACGAUCACGACCGACUGAAGGAUGAUUUCAUUGCUCAGUACACCAUUCCCAUCGCCAGCAUCCAACUAGGGUAUCACCAUGUCCCUCUGCUGUCCAUGGAAGGUGACGAUCUGGAUCCAGCCACGCUCUUUGUCCACACUCUCAUGUCAUCUCCUCAGACUAACCGUUAAUUGUAAAACUAACCCUGGUUAGUUGGAAACCGGUUAGUGGUAGAUACUGGUGUUUGGUUGAAUCUGGUUAGUGGAAACUAGGUUUACUGGCUUGAACUGUUGAAGGUUUUUAAGUAUGUCCGCAGGCAAUUCUUGAGACUUGCCAGGACUGGCAGUCAGUGUGUUUUUUAACGUUUUUAACCACUUAUAAAAAGUAACUUCCAACAGGUUUACAUAAUAUAACCAGGGUUAAAAUGUGAAGGUUUAGUUAAGCUUAGUGGACUGGUAUAGUUGUAUGUCCUCUUGAUAUGAUUUUGUGAAACUUUUUUAUGUUUUUUACAAAACAUCUUUAAAAGACCAUUCCCCAUAUAAAAUAAGAAGAACGACAGAUGGGUUUUUAGUGGAAACUGAUUUGUUAAAUUUUGGGGGUAUAUUUGUAGUGACCAAACAUAAAACGUGUAGCAAGAGGUUUUUACAGGUAGGACAUAAACAAUUUAAGAAAGAAAACAGCUGAAUAACUGCCGAUGACAUUUUAAACAAUUUGACUUAUUUGUAAACUUUUUCUACCCUUUUUAAGAACAAAAUUCAGGUCAUUGGAAAAUUAUUUUUUUAACCAAUCAGCAUCGAGUGAUUGCACAUUCCUUAAGUUUUUUUUUAUCAUAAAAGAAAUGGGUAUUCUUGUACAACAUUGGUUUUUGACAGUGAGUGUAAAAUUCUAUAUAUGGUUGUGAGUAAAUGUGGUCUGGUGACACGAAAGUAGAACUGUAAUGGGCAAAUAAUGAUAAAGCUAAAAACCUGCUUUACGCAUUUUCAUUGUCAUUUCUUGCAGUUUGGGAACUAGACAUUGUUAGGGACGGCAAUUUCAGUCUAAAUAUAUCUAAAUUAGCUUCACUUCUGUCUGUGACUCAAUACUGUAUUUUAUAACUUACCUCGGUAUUUAACUUUAAAAACCCAACAUUUUGCAAGUUUUGAAGACUUUAUAAACUUUUCUAAUUCUACUACAACUCCUAAGUCUUGUCCGUUGCUGAAAUUUCCUCUUUUUCAAUAUGCAGUUGAGCUUGGGUCUAGAUUUUGGAGACAAAAAGACGGUCUGUCGAAUGCUUUUUUUGUGACAAACUUCUACAGUUUUUACUCAAUGGAGAAUGUACAUGAUAGCCUUAAACAUUGCAUUAGCCAUGCAAUGUUACAUGAUGUUAACUAUACCUUACAUGGUAUACUACACAUUUUUUUGGGGGGGGGGUACAACUAACUGACUGCACGUAUCUUUUUCCGCAAUAUGUUUUUAAAAAUCAUUUUAUUUUUCAAGUGAUGGAGCUUCUUAUCUGCUCUAUUUUGAAAGAAUCAAAUUCGAUUUUGUAUUCAAGACUUGAUUUCCGAUGGGGCAAACAAAGAAAACUAAAUAAGAUUUUAUUAUUUUGCCAAAUUACAAUUCGUGAAAUGUGGUAAAAUGAAGUGAUAAAUUUUUACGACAAAAAAAAAACAAGAAAGAGGAGAUAUACAAAGUAUUUUUUUUACGCUAGAGUUUUUAAUAUUGUACGUGUACUUAUAUUAGGUGAGACACAUUAUUAGUAGUUUAGGAAAGAUAGAAUAGAAUUAGUAAAAUAUUACAAUUUUGAAUAUGGUGCAAACAUAAAUUCAAUGUAAAAUGCUCCUGCUGAAAUUCUUUGCUUUAAUCACAAUCAGACAAUCGUUUGAUAUUUUGCAUAAAAAAAAGGUUGUAUGUUAGUUUUGAAUGGAUAUUUUUUUACGUUAUCACGUGUAUUAACAGAGGUUACUUGCUCAUGCUAAAUAUUCUUAUUUUUACUCAAAAUAAUGUUUUUGUUCAUGGCGAUAUGGCUCUUGUGGAAAAUGGGUAGUUGUUUAUAUGGUGUUUGAGUGGUGGUUUGGAGGAGGCAACAUGGAUGUGUCAACUUUUAUUGUUUUAAGGGUUCUUUUUGUAAUAUUCAGUGCCAAACAUCAAUAUAGGUUUUUAACAAUAUUUUUUCAUACCUGAUCAAAUAAUGGUUGAAAUUUCAGUCUAUAAUAUUUGCAUGAGCUCUUUUUAACUUUUUAGGGUAUUAACGUUUGUAUGUAAUAUAUUAGCAAUAUAUGGAAUUAAAUGAGAACAAAAUGAAUUGGAAUGUCGCACAACUCGUAUGAAAUUCGGAAGACAUUUAACUGGAAUCAUGUUUCAAGAAUACAUUAGUGUCAUAAAGUGGUAAGAGCAAUAUUUGUAUCUGAAUUACAGAAUUUUACAUUCUUGUAUUUAUGUACGAACAAAUAAGAUAUAUAUUCAUUCCAAUAACAAGUGGGCCAUUUCAUGACAAAUGCAAUCAUUUACAUACUCAAUAAAAACUUUUAGCUGUCGUAGUUAUAAAAUUCAUUAUUCUUGGUGAUACAAAUUCGACAAAGUUACAAUUUUAGCUGAAUCGGAACCGCUUUUCAUUUUCAAUAAUCAUUUCUCAGAUUUGACAUGAAAUGGCCCAAUUUUAAUUCUGCAACUUCUAUUAUUAUUCUGUGCUUACAGCGCUAGCAAAGACAUUUUCUGCGCUAACCAUGUAAGCACAGAAUCCUUAGUUAUGGGUGUACAAAUGCAUGUACUGCAAAAUCAACUGUAAGCGCAUAAUGUUCAGUUACAGGCAGCAGAAAUGUUGUCGCUUGCUGUAAGCAAAGUCAUAACAUUGGGCCGUCAUUCCAAUUUGAUAAAACCGCUUAGCAAGAAAUGUCAUUCAGUAAAUUGUUGUGCUAAGCUAAAAUUAGCUGGAAACCAGCCGAAAGCAAUUAACAUUGCAUGACGCUUAGCUGGUAACCCUUUUCUGCUUAUGCUUUCCAUGCUUCGCUGUUUCAUGAAAUUGGGCUCUGGUUAUAGUAUUGGCAACGGGCAUUGAUACAAAUUAUGUACUUCCUUCAGUAUUGUGUCAAACGGUUUGUGCCUUCAUCUCAUUCUAGCCUUUAAAUUGACUUCCAAAUGGACGUUUACGUUGGAGACUUGUGGAACUUAACUUUGCAUGAGAAAAUAUUUAAAGGUAUAUAUGUUUGAAAUCACAAUAAAAGAAAAAGGUGUUGUCCUAUAUAUAUCAGAA